CUUUACCUUUCACACUUGCCGUCAUUCAAAGAUGGGUAGUGUGGGAGAGCGCUGAGCACCAGAUCAAGGAGUGUUCUUCCAGCCAACUCGAACGCCAAUCCAUAUCCCUUCCUUUUUCAUCACCAUUUCACUACCUCCCGGACCGCGAGAUCCAUUCCUUGGUGCGCAUCUCUUCCAUUCAGCGCGGAAUGGCCGAAGACCAGAACGCAAUAACUCCAACUGAGGAGACUGGGGAUGUGGCUCUCACAAACGGCGAGAAUGGUUCUCCUACUGGGCUUCGUCGCUCCGGCCGCGUCCGCAAUUUGAAGCGCCCCUCAGAUCCCAGCGAAGACGCCGAUUAUACAGAUGGACCGUCGACCAACUCGCCUGCUCCGCGCAGCUCCCGACGGGAGUCAAAGCGAAGGGCAAGCCCGGAGGCCUUUGAAGUGCCCGAGAACUUACUGGAGGCAUCCUUAGGGCCGUGGAAGGAGAACGAGCAGUCGGAGUGGGCCAGUUGGGUCGAGUUGGAAUCUGACCCGGCCUUCUUCACAGCUAUUCUGGGUCUACUUGGCGUCAUGGGAGCGAGGAUAGAAGAAGUGCUCUCGGUCGAUGAGGACUCCCUGGCCGCUCUGCCGCCUCCGGUCUACGGCCUGGUAUUCCUAUUCGAAUAUGCCGGGGCACUGAGCGUGGACGCCGAAUCAGGAAAUCAAGAGGUGUGGUUCGCAAACCAGACCACUAGCAAUGCGUGUGCCACUAUUGCCUUGCUCAACAUCAUCAUGAACGCUGAGGGGCUCGCCCUCGGCGAGAAGCUUCGCAAGUUCGAAGAAGAAACCAGGGACCUGUCUCCUCCGCUAAGGGGACACAUGAUCGACCACAGCACCUGGAUACGGGUGGCUCACAACUCGUUCUCUCGCCGAUUGGACCACUUGAAUGCAGCUCUCGCUCUGCAGAAUGAAGUAGACAGCAAGAAGAAGCGAGUCAAAGCGGCUGGAAGGCAGAGCAAGAAAAAGCCCAAGCGGCAGACCAGCACGACGGAAAGAUCAGGCGGUAGUUCCGCAUAUCAUUUCAUCGCCUAUGUUCCCGUCAACCGCAAGGUGUGGCAACUGGACGGACUUAAGUCGGCACCCGUUUGUAUCGGCGAAUUUGAAGGUGACCAACACUGGACCUCUGUGGUGCAACCCGUGUUGCAGCAGAAAAUGCAGCGCCACCAGACCUCCUUCAGCCUCCUGGCUUUAUGCGGCGAUAAUCUCACCGACGUGCGGAAAGAGCGCGCCGCCAACAUCCGCCGCCUGGCCGAGCUCGAGGCAAAGUUCGGCGGCGACGAUUCCAACUGGCAGCCCAAGGCCGACCCAGACAUCAUCUGCAGCGCCAUCGAUAGCCGACUCGAGACAUACCUGCUCAACGCGCAAGACAUCGAGGCGGUUCCGGAAAGCGAGGUCAUACUGCCCGAGGCAACCGAGUCCGCCGCCGACGAGCGGGAGGAACUCGGCGAGGAGCAUAAGCGCCUCCGUGCCCAGUACGAGGACGUGAUCAGGAUGGCCGGCCAGGAGACAUCUGCCGUUCUCGGUCGCACCAAGGACUACACGCCUGCGAUUCAUGAGUGGGUCAAGAAGCUGGCAGACCACAGCGCAUUGAAGAGGCUGCAUGAGGAGGUGCAGCUCCAGAACGCCCAUUGAGGGGUAA